GCUCCCUACCUAGUUUGCAGAAUUGCAUUAAGCACACAAGCAGCAGCGAGAUUGGGAUUGAGUCAUUCGUAAUAUUUUCUCCGCUGGGUGCAGUAAAGUUUUCCACAUUCGUGAUGACCGGCGCAGUUUGGGAGUUUAGCUUGUUGCUGCUGAUUGUUGUAUCAGUCCACGGAGCGUCCGCAGAAGAGGUCAAAUGCUUAACCUGUUUCGAUCCGGAGGGUUGUUCCAGUAACCACCCGAUGGAUGUACGGGUGUGUAACGAGGAUGAAGUGCGCCGGAACCAUUUGAUGUUCAAGCUAACGAAUCCGAAAGUGUAUUCCUCGGCAACGGCUGGUCCGUUCCACUGUUUCGAUGUACAAACCAGCGAUCAUGAUCCCGUCAAUGGUGUGAAGCGAUUCGCCAGCAAGGGUUGUACUUCGGAGGCUGCCGUUAAAUCCUUCUGCCAGGGCUGGAUCGAACAACUCCAACUGGAUCGUUGUGUAACCUGCUCCACCGACGAUGGAUGUGAAAAUGGAGCAUCCCAGAUUGGGACAGCCGCAUCAAUGCUUCUUCUCCUUACAGCGGCUUGUUUUGCCCGAAAUCUGUUCAACUCAUAGAUUCCAGUAGCAUUAAAAGCGUUUUGCAUAUAAACUCUUGA